AUGGCAGAGGCUAAUUUUCCUAGUCAACCUGUAGAAGAUGACAGUUUCACCGGAGUACUGGAACAUCUAGCGAGCAUGAAGUUGCACUUCAGCCGCUCCCGGUGUUAUGGCACUAAACUUGAAAGGAAGGUGCAGAAGGCCUUUAAGCGGCCGCUAGCUAAGCAAGGAAGCUCUCAAGAGGAGAUGCCUGAACCUCCUAUGCUUGUGGGAAUUGUGCCUGAGCAUAGGAUUUGCCGUCGCGGAUCAGGCCGAUGCUCUGCUGGGUCUCUGAGUCGGUUCCCAGCGCCCAGGCUGGCCGGCUUCGGUGGAAGUAAGGCUCCCCGCUCCCUCCUUCCCCAGCAACGCAUAAGGUCAGCGGGGAAUGGAGAAGCAGAAUUUUCCUCUUAUGUCACGGAGAGGAUCGUUCUUCAUCCCAAAGACAGUGAAUUGAUUUAUACAGAUUGGGCUAAUCACUAUCUCGCAAAAUCUGGUCACAAGAGAUUGAUAAAGGAUCUACAGCAAGAUGUGACUGAUGGAGUUUUAUUAGCUGAAAUAAUCCAGGUUGUAGCAAAUGAAAAGAUUGAAGACAUCAAUGGCUGCCCAAAAAAUAGGUCUCAAAUGAUUGAAAACAUAGAUGCAUGCCUGAGUUUCUUGGCUGCUAAGGGAAUUAACAUACAGGGGCUGUCAGCAGAAGAAAUCAGGAAUGGGAAUCUAAAGGCCAUCUUGGGCCUUUUCUUCAGUUUAUCUCGAUACAAGCAACAGCAACAGCAGCCACAGAAACAGCAGCCACAACACCAUCCAUCCCAGCAACCUCCCCCAGUGUCCCAGCAAGCAGGGCCUCCAUCCCAGUGCCAGGUCGGGGUACCGCAGCAGCAGGUGCCAGCUUCGCUCCAGACUCCGUGCCAACAGCCCCCGCAAGCUGCGCAGCAUCAGUUCAAAGCACAACCAGAAAUGCAGUCAAGACUUCCAGGCCCCACCACGAGGGUGUCCGCUGCAGGCAGUGAGGCCAAAGCUCGUGGUUCUAUUAGUGCCAACAAUCGACGCAGCCAGAGCUUUAACAAUUACGACAAAUCUAAGCCUGGGCUUCCCCCUCCAACACCAACAAGUAGCAAUGACAAAG